AUGAAUUCUGAUCUCAAAUACAGUGAGAAACUCAGCUCAAGCCUGAUUGAAAACUUAUACGUUGAAGAGGAGCCGCGGUCCUCUAAAUACGAACUUCAGUCAGACGAUAGACUUGAGCUUGAAGAACUUAUUGAUGGCCACCUAAUUUUAGGAUUCUGGGUACACAGACCUGGUUUUAGCCGCCUAUCAAGGCUUUUUACCUUAAUAACAGUUGUGCUCUUUGAGCUCAUGCUUGAAGAAGUGCUACUUUUUGUGUAUGGGAAUAGUGAUAAUGGAGAAAUUAUGGGGAAUUUAUCCAUUAUUUGCAGAAAUCAGAUUUAUUUGACUUAUUGUUACAAAAUUUCUACCAAAAAAUGGAUAUUUUUUCAAAAACCCUGAAAUUAUGGGAUCCCAAGACUUAGUUUCGAAUUACAUAAACAAGUACCUGGGUUAUACCAUUUUGGCAGUCAUUACAGUGAUACCGAUUGAAGCCUUUAUGAUAGCUUCCUUGAGCUUAAACAGAAAACAAACAUCGAAUUGGGCUGCAGCUUCAAUUGUGAUAGGAAUUUUGAUCAUGAUUGGAUCUGUUGUUGGGAUUUUUGUUAUGAACUCCCAGAUGGAUUUUGAAUGGUACGCGUUGUGGGGCUUAAGCUUCUUUACCGGAAUAUUGCUAGAAGCUGGCAUCGUCGAAAGCUUUUUUAUGUUUGCAAGAUACUUUGUCAUUCAGAGUUUCGGGCCUUUUGACAAAUAUAUAAAAUAA